UACGAUUUCCCAAUGAAUGCUACGAUUGAGUCACCCACGUGACCACGGUUAUAAUGGUAGGGUCUCAAAUUGCCAGUUUCCUCCGUUCCUCCCGAGCCAGCGGCAGCCAUGAGCAUGCUCAGGCUCCAGAAGCGCUUGGCGUCCAGCGUCUUGCGCUGUGGCAAGAAGAAGGUGUGGCUGGACCCCAACGAGACCAAUGAGAUAGCCAACGCAAACUCUCGCCAGCAGAUCCGAAAACUGGUGAAGGAUGGCUUGAUCAUCAGAAAACCUGUGACGGUCCAUUCCCGUGCUCGCUGCCGCAAGAACACACUGGCGCGCCGCAAGGGACGUCACACGGGUUACGGUAAGAGAAAGGGUACAGCCAAUGCCCGUAUGCCAGAAAAGCUGACAUGGAUGCGCCGCAUGAGAAUUCUGCGUCGUCUUCUUCGUCGCUACAGGGAGGCCAAGAAAAUUGACAGGCACAUGUACCACAGCCUCUACCUGAGGGCCAAGGGUAAUGUCUUCAAAAACAAACGUAUCCUGAUGGAGCACAUCCACAAACUGAAGGCAGAUAAGGCUCGCAAGAAGCUCCUAGCUGACCAGGCUGAGGCUCGUCGCUCAAAGACAAAGGAGGCUCGCAAACGCAGAGAAGAGCGUCUCCUGGCCAAGAAAGAAGAGAUCAUCAAGAACUUGGCUGAGGAGGAAACUGCGAAGAAGUGAAUCUAAACUUGUUUUUUUUUUCCCCCAUUCAGAUUUCCCUUUUGUUGUUGAAUAAAUUUGGACAAAGAGAC